AUGGCGAGUGCUGAGAUACCCCCCGAAAACACGGAUGACUUUGGUGAUGUCGUCGAUAAUUUCAAUGAUGAAGCAGAACUCGAAGAAUACGCUGAGCCAUGGUGUCGAUACGACAUAGAGGAUAACCCAGAUGUCCUCUACCCCAUUUACCUCGGAGAAAUACUCAACGAGCGGUACCUGAUUGAACACAAACUCGGCUUUGGUGGUGGCUCCACUGGAUGGCAUUUGACAUGCAGGAGAAAAAAAGAUGUCGCCCUGAAAGGCAUGGCUCUAGGAGAAUGGGCCGAUAACGAAGCCGGAAUCCAGGAUGAAGUUAUCAAAUCGGUACAAGAUACAUCGCACUUGGUUCUGGCCACUGAUACUUUUCUGGGUCCCCGAGAUGAUCAAAGUUACCACCGAGUCUUGGUCUUCCCUAUGAAAGGGCCAUCUAUUCGCACAUUCGCAUUGCAAAAGACUCCCAUGGCGGCUCGCAUAUCUGCUGCAAAACAAAUAUUGGAGACAGUUGCAAGUUUACAUGACGCUGGAAUCAUGCACCGCGAUCUCAAUGCAAGGAACUGUAUGUGGGGAAUCAAAUCCACCGAUGGUCUAAGUAGAACUGCCAAGUAUGAAUUACUUGGUCGACCAUUGAAAGAGACUAUCCCCUGUGUCGAUCUCUGGAAAAAAGGCGAACUCGUAAGCAAUGCCGAAGUUCCAGAUGACUUUCGCACAGACGAAUUCUACCUCUGUGAUUUUGGUCUCGCCAAAAAAGUCGGGGAUCUAAGCACUCAAAGCGGUUACCCACCUGCGGAAUAUUGCUCUUCAGAACGAUUUCAUCGGCAUGAGCCAAGCUUCGCAUGCGAUAUGUGGAGUUAUAUGGCUAUCUUCGGCAUGCUAUACAUUGCAUACCCUCCGUUUUUUAAAAUUGAUGGUGGAAUUAUAAGUAAUAUGGUCCAAACCCUAGGUCCAUUGCCAGAGAAGUGGAAAGAUCAUUCAAAUGGAGUGGUGCACUGGAUGCAUGGUAUGAGCAGUCUCUGGCUUCGCUACAUACUGGUCGCCUGGAGAGUCUUGUGGAGAAAGUUGCUCGUCUUCGUUUUGAUGCUGAUCCCAUCGAGCGGGAACUUGCGAUAUCGAUCAUGA